UACGUUACAAAAAGAAUCGACGAUUUCCUGAAUGCGUCAAGAAACUUUGAAAACUUUGUUGGAAACCUUCAUGGCUCAGACAUGAGGUGUUUCCACAUAUACAACGAUAUACUGGGGCGUCUCUCGAAGCAGUUCAUCUCCAACAUAGUCGGCAAACCACUGAGACAUGUUCUUGUGGACACCGCCUACACGCAGUCUAAUGCCGCGAGCUACUUUCCCAGGAUACGCACACUGCUGCAUCAACUGGAACUAGGUGAAGACAGGGACGUGCGGACAAUGUUGAAGUCUCUCAAGGUGGAACUCUCUGCCCUUGUGACCGCCUUCAACGCAGCUUCGACACUGCUGCGCGGUGGACUGUUUGGAUCUCUUGACGCCUACCACGCCCACUUGUGCUACUAG